CCAAACUACAUGCAUUAUUGAAUAAUAGUGGGCCACCUCAGCAGCCUCCUCUGUCAAAACCGUCCUUGCCUUGGGAGGUCAAUGAUGAAUCCCUGUCUGAAGAGUCCAGGAGGUCAACACCAGUGGCACCAGUUACAUUGCAGCCUCCUCCAGCACAUCAGCAGGCUACUAGAGUUCUAUCAAUUCCAUUUGAUCUGAAGUGCCAUCCCAGUUCCAAAAACACAGGAACCACAGUGAUACCAGGCACUUCAAGUACGCUAACACCAAUAGAUUUGUCAUCGGGUGUUACAAAACAGGUCCCAGCUGACAAUGCAUCCAAUAAUGAGAUACUUAAUGAAGUACAGGAUUUCUCGAUGCCUUCAAAGAAUAAACAGAAGAGCAAGUUGGAUGAUAUGUUAGGCAAAUUAAUGAAGAAAAAUAACUGUCCUGCUGAGGAGCCAAUUGUUGGAAAGGAGAAAAAACGGCGUAAGCUAGAUGAAAUUGUACUAGGUUUAUCUGCUGCAAAGGAACAGAAGUCACUGUUCUCAGACAUUAAGAAAACAAAUCAAUGCAUGACAUCAAUUAGUCCUAGUGUCACAGUUACCCCAGCAUCAAUAAAUUCAUCAGUUUCUGCAACAUCUGGAUCAGCAUCUACAAAGCCAUUCACGAUUACUGUAACAUCUGUGCCUUCGCCUGCGCCGUCAAGUUCUUGUCGCAGUUCGCUAAGUGCUCUCCCUCCAUUGCCUACACCAAAGGAAAGUUUUUCGUCAUUUCUUGCUCAUGCAGAGCAGCAGAAUCUCUUACUGAAGAAACAGCAGUCAUCACAGUCCCAGUCUCUACUGCAACACCAGCAGCAGCAGAUUCAGCAGCAGCAGCAGCAGCAACAACAACAACAACAGCAACAACAGCAGCAGCAGCAGCAGCAGCAACAACAACAACAACAUCAACAGCAGCAGCAACAUCAACAACAACAACAACAACAACAACAACAACAACAACAACAUCAGCAACAACAUCAGCAGCCAUCACAGUUACCAACACAACCACCAGCAUCAAUGCCACAUGUCAAUCAGCAAAGAAAAACAUAUGAAUCAAUGAUAGCUGAUCUUAGCAAAAUGGCUGACUUUUCUUCAAAGAUCAGUUCAUAUUCUCAUGAAGCAAAGGUUAGUAUUUUCAACAUUUAUUUCUUUGUGUAUGCUUUAUAUAUUAUUGUAAUGUGAUAGAACGUAAAAUGU